AUGAAGAAGUUUCUAGGCAACAUCAAGAAGAAGAGCGGUAGCCCCGAGCGAAAUGGGAGCAGCACCACCUAUGUACUGCCACAGGGCGAUUCACCUGAAGCUGUCCUGGUUCGCGAAGUCACAGCAUUCUGCGAAUCAGGCGCCCCCAAUUCUGAUACCGCCGGCGAAGAAUACCUCCACCUGCCAGCCAUUGUUGAUGCUGCCGAAUCGAGUCCUACGGCGGCCAAAGAGGCGGCUGCGACCAUUCGCCGAUACCUGGGUAAAGAACACUACCAACGAGGGUUUGCGCAGUACAACGCCGUCAUGCUCACUCGCAUUCUGACCGACAACCCGGCGCAUGCCUUUACCCAGAACUUCGACCACAAAUUCGUCGCGACCGUGAAAGAGCUCCUGCGGGAAGGGAAAGAUACCAGUGUACAGCAGAUCCUCAGGGAGACGUUGGACUACUUUGAGUUCGAGAAAGCGCCCGGAAAUGACAGCCUUGGACCUCUGAUGGAGAUGUGGAAGAAGGAGAAGGGAAAGCGAAAUGCCCUCCGUCCUCCGGUAAGCCGCGAUACCCAAAUACCUGGUGCUUUCUCUGGCAACUACCACCACCACCAACAACCCAGACGCCGGGAUACGCUUCCGCCGCCCGAUGAGUUGGCCGGACGGAUCGAAGAAGCAAAGACUACUGCACGACUUCUCGUUCAGACAGUCCAGUCAACAGCCCAGGCAGAGUUAUUGGCGAAUGAUCUCGUGAAAGAGUUUGCCGAUCGCGCGAAAACGAUGCAGCGAAGCAUUCAGUCAUACCUGAAUGCCCAGAAUCCCGCGCCCGACCCCGACACGAUGCUGACCCUGAUCGAAACCAAUGAUCAAUUGAACAUCGCCAUGUCGAAACAUCAGAGAGCAGUUCUGCAAGCUCGGAAAGCGACUGGCAUGGCGACACCUAGCCCUCAACCGCAAUCAGAGCCUCAACAGAGUCCCUUGUUCACGCAGCACGUCCCAGGCCAGAAUGUGUACGCGCCACCAUCUCAGCCUCAAUCAGCGCCGAUCGACCACGGACCGUACUCUUCCUCGCCUCCUCGCCGGCAAAAUACGAUCCCUACACCCGUGAGCCCACUGCGGAAGGAGGAGGAAGAGCUUUAUGCGCCGCCUCCAGGCCCUCCCCCCAGCAAAGUGGGACCGCCGCAAAAUCCACCAGCGCCAACGAACCCCAACCCGUAUGACUUCUCCAACGCCGCCGCCUUUUCCUCAGCCUAUGCCGCUCCCGACCAGCCCCCUCCCGUCCCGACCCGGUGCCGACUACGGUGUGGCUGA